AUGAAAACACUGAAUAAAUCAUUAGUACUAUGGAAAACUAGUGGCACACCAAUAACAUAUUUAUCAUACCUUGAAGAAUUUACAAAAGAUGAAGAAAUUCAAAUUAAUAAAUUAAUCUCAUGGUUUAUGAAUUCCGCAAAUUCUGAAUCACCAACUCUCAAUACCAAUUCCAUUGAAAACAACACAUCAACCAUCCAUUCACGUGCAAAAUUACCUUUGAUGUGUUAUGAUAGAUCAUUAAAACCAUUAAAAGAAGGUGGUUGGGGUAUGUGGAAUAUACAAUUACGAAAAGUUGCUCAAAAGAAUUGGAUAUACAACAGAUUUUUACAAAUGCAUAUAUCUGCAAACAAUUCAAUAUACAUGAUAAGUUGGAUGGAUCAAAUCAUCAACAAAUCAAUCUCUUCUCCAUACCUUAUAAAAAUUAAAAAAGAAUGGGAAAACUAUGCAACUCAAAUUGGACAUCUAAAAGAUAAAGUUAAAAUCCUACAACCAAUAUUAAUAAAAAAUCAAACCUCUCAAACAUUAACCACAAAUAAUAUUCCACUACCACCAACACUCAAAGAAAUCUACUCGACAAUACUCAACAAUCACCAAUGUAAAUCAAAAGACUAUAUUGGCAAGAAAUAUUCAGAUCUACUUCUUACUUCGCACCAACAAUUAAUACAACUAUUAUGGAAAUACACAUACGACCAACUAUUUGUCAAAAUUCAAAAAUUAAAAGAUCCAAAAGGCCGUGAUACAAUGCAAAGAUUCCAUGCUAGAUGUCUUCCGAUUAAUCACCUACACAACAAAGUUUGCCCCAUUUGCAACAAUGAAAUGAAUAAUGAUCCCUAUGGUCAUUUGUUUUUCAAUUGUCAGCACACAAUCAACUUCAUAAACCACGACAAAUUAAAAUAUUUUAUAUAUAAAAAUUGCAAUGGAAACAAAAACUGGUCACUAACAAAAAACCAAACAACAAAAUUAUACACUCAUUUAUAA